UAUGUACGACUGUUUUUGUGUUCAAAUGUUUGCUCAUAGACUUUUUGUCAUAUGAUUGCACAUCCCUGACCCACUGCAGGACCCGUAGUGACGAGUCUCGUUACCUUCAUCAAUAUUACACACAUUUACCCGGAGCUUCAUUGACUUGAAACGGUUAAAUGGACGACGCGUUUGGCGUUGUUUCGCUGUUUUUCCAUGCUUUCUUUCAGCUUGUGAUCUUAAGAGCAGCUGCUUGUCACUGCGGGGCGGACGUGCGUGCGUGCAUACGCGUGGGAACGCGACACAUGACGAGGGCCCUGACAAUGUUGUUUGGGAAACGAAAAAAAAAAUCUCUUGAUGAAAUUAUUUCCAAAUAAAAAGCUUCUAUUAGUUAUAUCAAAAUGAUGUAGUGGGGUUGCCGUAUUUGUUGCUGCUCACUUCGAUCAUUUCGUCCGUCUGCCACUCGAGAAGUUUGUGCGCGCGCGCGCGUGCGUGUGUCGCGCAGUUUGACACGCUCGUGGUGUAACCCAAAGCAGACGCGCGCACGCAUCCACCGUGUGUGGGAGGGAGGGAGGGAGAGAGAGGGAGGAAGGCGGCGCACGGAGUCCCAUCACUAAAACAAACACCCCAGCAGCAUCCGACACACUUCUCCUUUUCUCUCCACCACGCGUGCGACCGCGUCCGUGUGGUGCACGACGAGAGGGGCGCUGCACCACUACUGCAUAUACAGCUUCCAUUCUCCCGCAACAUGGAACCCAUGACAGCGGGCCGCGACUCCAGCUCGUCACCGGGCUCCAAGCAAGAACUUUCCUACCCGUCUUCUAACAACCUCAAGCCCAACCAGGUGGGCGAGACGGUGCUUUACGGAAUACCCAUCGUGUCCUUGGUCAUCGACUGCCAGGAGAGGCUGUGCCUGGCGCAGAUCUCCAACACCUUGUUGAAGAACUACAGCUACAAUGAGAUCCACAACCGACGCGUGGCGCUGGGCAUCACCUGCGUGCAGUGCACCCCCGUCCAGCUGGAGAUCCUCCGCAGAGCCGGCGCCAUGCCCAUCUCAUCGCGGAGGUGCGGCAUGAUCACCAAACGCGAGGCGGAAAGACUGUGCAAGUCGUUUCUGGGGGCUCACUCGCCUCCCAAACUGCCAGAGAAUUUCGCCUUCGACGUGUGCCACGAGUGCGCGUGGGGCAGCCGCGGCAGCUUCAUUCCGGCCAGGUAUAACAGCUCCAGGGCCAAGUGCAUCAAGUGUUCCUACUGCAACAUGUAUUUCUCCCCGAAUAAAUUCAUAUUUCAUUCGCACCGCACGCCGGAGUCCAAAUACACGCAGCCGGAUGCGGCCAAUUUCAACUCGUGGAGGCGACACCUGAAACUGACCGAUAAAAGCGGCCAGACUGACGUCUUACACGCAUGGGAGGACGUGAAGGCUAUGUUCAACGGGGGCAGCCGCAAGAGGACGCUGCCAGGCUGCGGCUCAGAUUCCGGCUCGUCCCUCAGGUCCCACGGUCCGAACCAGCAGCGACGGUCCCCCGAGAUCCCCGCCAAGAUUCUCACUUGCGAGGACAACCGGGUGAAUGUGGGCCCGCGCAGCUACCCGGUCAUCCCGGUGCCCAGUAAAGGCUUCGGGAUGCUGCAGAAGCUCCCGCCGCCGCUCUUCCCGCACCCGUACGGCUUCCCGGCGUUCGGCCUCUGCCCGAAAAAGGACGACAGCAUCGUGGGCGAGCAAAGCAAGGCGGGCCUCCCCGGGGUGCUGUGGCCUGGUACCAAGGACAGCGCCUACCCCUCCUUCCCCGUCUUCUGGCCCGCAGCGGGCGCCCUCCCCAUGCCUCCGUACUCCCAAAGCCCGCACAAACCUCCACCCGAGAUGCUACCUCUCCACAGACACGUCGAGGUGGACAUUUCCGAGUCCACCGACACCUCCAAAGACAGCUUGGCCGACAACGAUCGCUGCUCCAGCACCCAGUCCACGCGGAACGACGACGACAAGUCCGGGGACGAGGCAAGGCCGCUGGAGGGGACCACCCUGGCCCCGCGCAAGGCCAGCUACGUGUCCGCCUUCCGGCCUGUGGUUAAAGACGCCGACUGCAUCGCCAAGUUGUACGGGAGCAGAGGAGCCUACACCCGAACCGGCUACUUAUCGCCGGACUUUUUAAGCGAGAGCUCCAGCUACCGCUCCGUGUCUCCGUGCGUGGACAGCGAGGGUGAGGCGGACGUGGACGUGGAGAGCAGUAAAACACCCGAGGACGAGGACCCCUGCAGGCCCCUGUCCUUGAUGUGUCCCCGAAGCUCUCCGGGGCUCACCCACAGCGUGUCCCCGAGCGAUUCCGACUGCAAGGGGGCACCGCAGGAAAUCGAUCGGCUCGAGUCCCAGAAAGUGGGGCCACGCGUGGCCCCGCAGUCCUGUGACAGAGAAGUGCAGAGCGAACACUUAGCAGACGCGCACAUUGCUGCGCCGUUUAGCCAAGUUUACGCACAAGAGAGGAGCGAGUUGCAACCAAGGAGGAGUCCCUAUCAUUUCAGACCUGCAAGCUAUCAACCUGCAGGGCUUAUAACACAUGAUGAGAAUACAAGUAAAGAAGAGCCAUCGUCCACGGUGGAGGAGGUGGAAAACAAAUCUUUAUUGGAACAAAGCAGCGACGAAAACCAGCGAGAGCAAGGUGAAGACGAAAACUCAGCAAGAGCUUUGCACGCGCAAAGAGGCGUACGGACUCUUGCAAAAGAGGAACUGCAGAAGCAAUUAUUAGAGCAGGUUGAGCUGAGGAAAAAGCUGGAACGGGAAUUUCAACAUUUAAAAGAUAACUUCCAGGAUCAAAUGAAAAGAGAACUGUCCUACAGAGAGGAGAUGGUCCAACAACUGCACAUCGUCAGAGGUGAGAAAAAUAAAAUAAUCCUCUACCAGGGCUCCUCCAUUCACGACGAUCCCAUCUUACGAGGUUACGAACGGCGAGCAAUGAACUGGUUCGGAACAACGUAGGCACAGAAAGCCAAGCUCCAUUACCACCUUACUAUUCUCUCUUUUCCUUGAGUUUUUUAUUCCUCUUGUUGUAUGUGGCUUUGAAGUGUUUAUUAUACAAGUAUCUGCCAUCGUUAUAACUUUUAACACUGUUUUGUUGGUAUUUAACGCUACGCUCUGACAUACGUACACAUAUGGAGGCGUCGCCUUCACAGCAAGAAGGGAAUUCCGUCGUAAACCGAGGACCGCAAGUGAUUUCAUUUAUUUUAAGGCGACACACUGCUGUGUUAAAAACAACCCAAAUUGUCUUGAAAAACCCACGAAGUUGGGUUCAAUUGACCAAAAAGAAUUUUUACACAAAACAUCCAAUUGUUUGUACCAAGCAACCCCCCAAUUGUUUUUUUUUUUUUUUUUUGCUGCAAAAUAACGCAAAGUCGGGUCAAAUUGAACCAUCUUCCGUGGUCGGUUUAUUAUUUAAUCCAGCACCGUAUAAUUUUGUUUAUAGCCGAACUACCUAUUUGAUUAAUUAAAAAAAAAAAAAAAAUCAGGCAUCGGGCCCGUUUGAUUGUUGGCUGUCGUUCCUCUCAGAAGCUCACGACGCCUUGCACCAUUUCUCGUGCAAGAUGUUAACUCCUCGCCACUGCACGGGGUCGUGCACCUUCAAGUCUCCUCUGCUCCCACCG